CUCGUUCAGCCGCGCACGUCGCCGAGAUGGUGGUCUGGACGCUGCUCCCGUGCGACAAGAGCAACCCGCCGCAGCCGCGAGAGGUCGCGAGCCUCGGCGAGGCGCGCGCCGCGGUGGACGAGCACCUCGGCGCGAGCAAGUUUGCCAGCAAGGAGAGGUGCGACCUCGCUGCAGUCGAGGCGCACACCGGCACUUCGUACGCCCAGGCGCUAACCGUCCCGGACGACGUCUACGCCGCGCUCAAGGCGCUCAACGGCGCUGCCGCGCUCGUGCUGCUGCCGCCAAACUCGACCGGCCUUGUUGUCGGGUCUGACUCUGUCGUCCUGAUGUACGACCGGCAUGGCGGCCUCAAGGGCCUGCCUCCCAACGAGCGAGCGUCGCUCCUGACGCAGGCUGCCGGCCAGCCGCGAGCCGUGCGCGGCGACUGCUUCGUGGGCCGCCUCGCCUAUGGGCCCCCCGCAGCCGGCCAGCUACGGCUCGGAGGAGAGGCUGCGCCGCAGCUGCUCACAGAGCGCGGCUGGCUGGAGGCGGCCCAGGCGGCGGCCAAGGCGGCGGCCAAGGCGGCGCCCACGGCGGCGCCCACGGCGGCGGCGGCGGGCGGCUCGAAGCGCGGGUCGAGCUUCGGCGCGGCAGUCGAGGCGUGGCUCGCCGAGGGCAGGCGCGAGAAGGUGGCGGCAGCCGUCUCGGCGGCGGCGCCGCCGCCGCCUCCCUGUGCACAGCGGCUGCUCGACGGCGCCGCGGCGGCGGGCGAAGCGGCGGCGGGUGGGGCGGCGGCGGGUGGGGCGGCGGCGGGCGAAGCGGCGGCGGGCGGGGGUGGGGAGCUGUCCUGGGAAGACGGGGGGGAGGAGGUGACGGUGCGGGUCACGCUGCCGGCAGGCACAAAGUCGAGGGACGCGGCCGACUGCGAGUGGCACAUCGAGGACGGGCCUGGCUCGCUACGCACGCUGACCCUCUCCCUCGAGAAGAAGCGAAAGAUGCGCUGGGUGCUCCUCACUAGAAAUGACUGA